AUGAAUGGGAACAGGAUUUUGCCGAAGAAUCUGUCCCUUGGGGAAGCAGAGAGACUUGCUGACAGGAGACCCCUGGUCAUCAGCACCAUGGCCAGCGUCCUCAUCUUCACCGUCGUGGUCGAUAUCCUGGGCAAUUUACUGGUCAUCGUGUCAGUGUUGAGAAACAAGAAACUGCGCAAAGCAGGAAAUGCCUUUGUGGUGAGCCUUGCUGUCGCUGACCUUGUCGUAGCAAUCUAUCCUUAUCCUCUCAUACUCAUAGCAAUAUUCCACAAUGGAUGGGUUCUUGGCUAUAUCCACUGUCAAAUUAGUGGGCUCCUUAUGGGGCUAAGCGUCAUUGGUUCCAUUUUUAACAUCACCAGCAUUGCAAUCAACAGAUACUGUUACAUCUGUCAUGGUCCGAAGUAUGACAAAAUCUUCAGCAAAAGGAGCACAUUAUGCUUUGUGGUACUGGUUUGGGUGUUGACUUGUGUAGCAAUCAUUCCCAAUCUCUUCAUGGAAUCUCUUCAGUAUGAUCCUCGCAUAUACUCCUGCACGUUUGUUCAGUCAGUCAGUUCUUCCUACACUGUCAUCGUAGUGGUCAUUCAUUUCAUUCUGCCAAUCAUCAUUGUCUCAUAUUGCUAUCUGCGUAUCUGGAUCUUUGUCAUUCAAGUGAGGAGAAGAGUUAAGCCAGACAAUCGAUCCAAAACAAAUCCCCAUGACUUCAGGAACUUCCUGACCAUGUUUGUUGUGUUUGUACUCUUUGCUGUUUGUUGGGCACCAUUGAACUUCAUUGGCCUGGCAGUAGCAGUUAAUCCACAUUUGGCCAGCCUGAUACCAGAGCAGCUCUUCACUGCCAGCUAUUUUAUGGCAUAUUUCAAUAGCUGCCUAAAUGCCAUAGUGUAUGGUGUUUUAAACCACAAUUUCCGAAGGGAAUAUAAACAAAUUAUAGUGAAAAUUACCAAGCUCUCCUGUUAG